GCAUGCCCCGGAUAUUGCGCGGAUACACCAACAAGGUUACCAUUGAUGACUGAUGAGUGAUUUGACCGCUUAGAUCGCGACAAAAGGGCGCACGGCGCGCUAUGACGCAAAAUGCUAAACAUCGCGUACCUGAGUACCUUUACUAAACACAUUUUCUGAUCGAUAUGCUCGCGAAUGAGUAUUAUAUAUACCUUGUUGGCCACCGUCUCAAUCGUACUUGUCCAUCAGUGGUAUACAAGAACCAAACAAAAGCAUCUCCUGCUGCACCGACCCCAACCUCAAGUCUAUAAGUCUUCAAAACACUUUGAUACAUUCUAUACAUCAAUCAGCGCAAACCAAGCAAACAUACCAAACUCCUCGAAUAACUUCACUACCACAACAACCAUGCAAAUCAAGAAGUACAUCCCAGACUUCCUCCUUCCAACAGACGAGCCAGCCGCUCCCCCAAGGAUCUACGACAUUCCUCUGCGUCGGGAACUCUUCCACAAGUCCAAGCCAGGCAAUGAGUACACCAUCUCUGCUAGCCGGAAUGACUCUGUCGUCAGCGAGAGACGGGGAAGCAGCGCCGUGGCUGAAAGAAGGACGAGCUGGCAUCCUGGUAUGAUGUUUGGUCAUUAAACAACCAACAACUUUACCAACAGCAACAACAGCGUUGUUGAAGCAUUUGUUCGACUAUUGCAUGCUAGCGAGCGAUUUGUUUGGGAUCUCGACAUUGAGGAUUGAAAAGGACCCGUCUUUAGUGAUCGGAUAUAUACAUAA